AAAAAAAAAAAAAAAAGAAAGUAUAUAUGUAUAAACCCAUGUGUAUACAUAUAUGUGUAUGUGUGUGUAUGUGUUUAGGUCUCUAUCUGUAUCUAUAUCUAUCCAUCUGAAGGGUCUUUGGGGAUAGAGUUGGGGCUUCCCUGGUUCAUUCACACGCUUCCUCCAGGAUUAAUGAAUGUGGGGAGGGGGUUUUUGUAGUGGUGGUCAGGGCACAGAAAAGCUAACUUUAUCCUCCUAAUGGCUGAGCUCUGAGACAAGCCCAGCCUCCAGAAGGCCACUCUAGCCACCAAUGCACGUGUUCAGUGACUUGUAGGGCCCAAUGUGGUUUCCCGUAGGCCCUCUCUUUAAAGGUUCCUUGUGGCCACUGUGGGCACUGGAGGAUGAAGCCAGCUAUCCUUCCCAGAAGUGUGUGGCUUUUGGUUGAAAACAAAGCAUGCUCCAUGUUGGACCUGAGUUCAUGGCUGUAUGGAAUCUCGUGGUCUUGGUGACCUGGUCUGAUGUGUAGGUGGGCAGCCGUGGGACAUGGAUAGAGAUGACAAUGUUCUGAUUUCAUGGUGGAGAGCCCAAUAGUGGAGAAAAAAUGCUCGUCUCGGGGUGGGGACAAGAAUAGCAGCAAUGGCGUCCUGAUCUCUCAGAGGGGCUGUUCAUAGAGGGGAUACACUGUGGUUCUCAUGGCAGAGACAGGACUAGAGGUGAUAGUUCUCUGGUCAUCUGGUGGGAUCCUAAUGGGGGGCGCGCAUGAUCUGUUCUCAUGGUGGGGAAACUAGUAGUGGUGAUAAUGAUCUGAUCUCCAGGGGAGGAUAAAUGAAGGGGGCUGUGUGGCAGUGGGGAGAUGAGGUGCUUCUGUACCCAGGGCAGCAGGGGGUCCAGGAGUCCAGCUCAGAAAAUCUCCUGGACCCAUGUUUGUUUUUAUAUAAGAGCAAAAGGGCUGUCGAAGUCUUUCCCUCAGACACUGCUCAUGCACACAGCCAUGGGAUGUAGAUUCUCCCUUCCCUCCUCUCAGAGUCCUGCCUGAGAGAUGCUGGCCAUAGUGAUUAAGUGUCGGAUUUGAUGGGGAUCCUGUUAAGACACUAAUGCUCUUCUAAUUCUGGCUAAAUUGGCAUUGGUUUUGUUGAUCUACCUACACAGGUUGAGCUUGUUGCCUCCAAUUUCAGGUGAUUUCCAUCUUGUCACUCUCUCCUUCCCACUUAGCGCAUCUAAUCCUCAGGCUCUUCCAGCUGCCUGGUAUCUCCUGUGAAGCAUCCUGCUGCCUCCGAGGCUAGGCAAUUAGAGACUCAGACUCCAGCAGGGAGGGCGGCUACGGAUUAUUACUGAGGAGGGAGAGACUGAGUGCAGUGUCCAUAGCAACCCUCCAGCUUUCACCUUUACCAGGAGAGAAGGAAGGCAGGAAGGCAGCGAGAUUCCUGCCCUUUUGCAUUAUUCAUAUCGGAGUGCUGGGCGCGGAAGGCCUUGGCUGCUGACUUUGCCCUGUGAAAGCGGUGUGGGGAGAGGGGACUUUUUCUCAUUUAAUAGCAGCGACUUGGAGUGGACAUGUAGCUGGGAGCUUGAGUUUGGGAUGUACGCAGUGAGACAGCAGGAGGGAUGUAGUGAGCUGUGCUGUUGGGUGUCCAACAGCUACUGAGAGAUGAUAGGCCCCCUGAAAGGGACACAUCACAUCAAGGGGAUCCUGAUUCGAGUCCCAGCUUUGUCCUUAACUCACAUGUGAGCUUAGGCAAGUCACCUCCCAUCUCUGGGUGGUCUUCUCUUGCUAGUAAGGCUGGGCCCUAGGCAUCUCUGUGGUCCCUUCCAACCCUCUCAUUCAACGGUUUUAUGCUGGCUUACCUAGGACAGAUAAUAGGGGUAAUAUGUUCUUUCCUUAUGGUGGAAAAGCUCGAAGAACCUGCCAAAUAGAGGCUACCUUUGCAAAAUGUUCACAAAGGUAAAUCCUGGCACCAGAUGUAGUCCCCGAGUCUCCACGGAAGGAGGCAGAAAGUUACGGGCGCAGUUCCCUUUGGGGAUCUCCCUCCACGCCUCCCAAGGUGCCUGGAGUGCAGAGCUAUGUGCACGUGCCACCAGCAGAGGUCGCCACACUCCUCACAAACCGGCCACAGGUUGCUGUGCCCCAGGUGGGUGCGCCCCGGGUAAGCAUCAGCUGGGGCCUCAAUCUCAGAGCCAGAGCUGGGCGGGGAGCUGCCAGGACCUUGGAGUCUGGAGUCUGGGAAGAGGCUGAUGGCACCGGCUGGCUCAGAAGGCUCGGGCUCAAGUCACCAGCCAGGCUCCGGGGAUCUGUCCUUCACUCUCGACCCUAACUGUAGGAGGGUGGUUCAUCCAAGGCUACAGAGUGCUGCUGUGUCCCUUGGUGCCUGGGGCCUGCGGCUGCCCUGGUUCCUGACCUUCUCUUGGGCAGCUCAGGUGCCAGCUCUGGGUUUGGGAAACCAUUAGAGGUAAUUUUUUUUUUUUCUCUGAGCCUUUUGGGACUGAGACCAGGAAGCUGACUUAAUCGGUAAAUCUUAAUUGAGAGCAUGUGCUGUGCCAGGCACUGGGGAUUCAGCAGUGAAUAAAACAGACAGAGAUUCCACCCUCAGGAAGCGGAAUCUCUGGUUGGGGGGCAGGGUGUCAUCAUCUACACAGUGUGGGGCUGGGCGACGACACCCACCCAUCCAGGACAGGCCAGUGAUGGGCUCUCUCCACUGACUUAGCCUUGAGCAGACAGGCCUUUGGACCUGCGCUGGCUCUAGGGAUGAGGCUCAGAUGCUGAGCCCUGGCCAAACGGGUCUACAUGGGCUCUCCCCCAGCCACCAAGGUCCACCAAGCUCCUUGCAUUUGCCCAGUCCACACACGUAGCACUUUACAGUUUGCAAAGUGUGUGCCCCUAUACCAGCUCCCUGUGAGCCUGGCAAGGCCUCAUGGUGACAAGAUGUUGGUGCCCUGUACCCAUUUCUCAUGCGUUCUUUCCAGAUACUGUAUCAGCACCUUUUAUUUAACCUUGGACCCCCUCAAAUAAAUGUUCCCAUCUGGACUGAUCCAUCUGGCCAGAACAGCAAGUUCUCUCACCAAAGCCAUGGAGGAGUGGUGAGGAGAAGCAUUUAAAAAUGUAUCUCGUUUUUCACAAAACAACCACGGAGGGAGGCAUGAAUGGGUCCAGUUUUACGGGCUCAGAGUGGUGCCUUGUGGUCACCGGCAGGAAGAUGGCAGCUCUAAAGCUCAGGUAUUGGAGUUCCAGCCCAAGGCUGCUCCCGGCACCCCUGCCUGCCUGCUCCACUCCAUCUUCUCUCCAUGUCCAGGACCAGCCCUGCCUGCCACAAAGUUUUUGGAGCAAAAUCGUCACCCUUCUUUCAGACAGGUCUCAGUGGAGCUGCUCUGUUGAAACCUCCCCCACUCCUUUUGUCAAAGGGGGUUUCCUGGAGAACCUGGGUAGGAGUGGAGGGUAGGAGGAAUCUUUCCUCUGGAAGGGGAAGAAGCCCAGUGGUGGUGGCUGAGUGGAGAGGUGACCUGCAAGUGGACGGUCCAGUUUGGCUCAUGGCGUGGCCUCUUCCCUCCUUUGAGAACAAGAGCAAACCAGUUGCCUUCUCUAGAACUUAACUCAGUUUCCCCAUCUGUAGAAUGGGGAUACUAAUCUAACUCCACUAGCUUGUUGGGACCACAUUUGCACAGAGCAGGCUUUCAGUGAAUGCACCGGGGUGUGAGAUGUUGAGCUGUACGUCUCUUUUGUAGCGAGACCCAUACGAAGCACAAAAGUUUCAGUUUUUCUUCAGCAAAGAGGAAAUGGUGUGAAGCUGCCAUUGGUGGCUAAGAGCGGUUGGUGGGUGCCCUGGAGGCAGGUGGGAUGUGCUGUGGUCCUGUCUCACUCUUUCUGCCAUGACUUGGGGGAGGGUGGGUGGGCUUUACUUAGGAGAGCCCUCACCCCGGGUCUGGAUGUUCAGGGACUCAGAGAAAAGAAGCAUGGAUGAGAGACCUACACUUACAGAUCGGCGUUCAUUGUGGCCACUGGUGCAGGUAAGGGGUAAGCAUUGUGUCCAGGGUCAGAAUGCCCUGAACUCUCAUUCAUGCAUCAAUUCACUCACUCACGUCCAGAUUUAACACAUAAUCUGGGUGUGGGGUGAGGUGUAGUAUUGUGUGUGUGUUUUACAAUCCACACCACCGGCUCCUGUCCCCAAGGAGCUUAUGGUGUAAAUUAAAAACAGGGGAGAAAAGUCAUGUAUACAGAGAACUCCAAUACAAGGCAAGAGGUGAAAAGUAUCCCCAGAGAGAUACAAAUAAAGUGCUAAGGGAAUUCAGAAGAGGAAGAUGAUGUCAAAUUAGGGGGAAGGAGCAGAGGAGGGGAGGUGUGGGAAGGCUUUGGGUGGAGGCAUCACUGUGCUAUCCUUAAAUUCUAGUGGGACUGGACACCAAGUGAGGGGUGAAGUGGCAUUCCGGGCAGCACAAAUGGGGAAUGGGAAAGAGCAUGGGUCUAGGGUUCAGAAGGAUCCAGGUUGAAAUCCACGACUAACUGGUGGCCUUGAGUGAGUCACUUCAACCUUUCUAUACUUUAGUUUAUGGGGGCGAGAGUGUAAUGGAUGGAGCAAUAGAACCUUCCUGGCCUGCCUUCCAGGGCUGCCAGGAAGUGCAAAUGGAGUACUUUAUGUGAAAGCAGUUGGAAAACUGUAAAGUGCUAGCAAAUACAGGGGUUGUUUUUAUUUUAAAAACAUUAACUGAUCCUGUAACAGAGCUCCUAGUUAAGAACACAAUAAUGACUGAAUCUGAAUGGGCUAAUGAACUGUUCAGCGCAGAGCUGUCUCUGACCCAACCAUCCAGGGUCUGAGGGAGGUGUCGUUGAUCUUUAAGAUACUUCUAUUCUUAGAAGGUUAAGGAUAGCCCUUAACCACCACUAGCUUUUCUAAAAAUCCCGCUAUUGUCUGUCAUUGUAUCUAAACUCCAUCCAUCCACCUAUCUAUCCAUCCAUCCAUCCAUCCAUCUAUCCAAUAAACCUAUAAUGAGUAUAUCCACAGCCAGAUAACCCUGAUCAGUGCUGGGGAUACAGAAAAAAUUAGACCCCUUCUCUGUGCUCAAGAAGUCUACAGCUUAGUGGGAAAGACAGCUAUAUAAACCAUAUAUCAUUCCUUUUCUUAAACCCAUUUUCAGUCAGUUCUAUGUUUUGGGGGUAACAAGUUCCACGGACCACAGAUUAUGGGAUUUUAAAGGUGAGGGAUCUUAGAAAUCAUCUCUUCUAUCACAUUCAUUUUACUGAUGGGGGAAAUCAUUAUUUGUGUGGAAAGCACUAUGACUUCCUCUUAUUUGCCUCAAAAUGACCUCGCCAAGGUUUCAAGUUCAGUUCAGUUCAGUUCAAUGAAUCUUUGUUAAGCAUCUGUUAUAUGCCAGGCUCUGUGUAAGAGCUGCAGGUCCGAUGAUGGAGAAGACAUAAUUCCAGCCCUCACAGAGGUCACAGUCUAGGAGGAAAAGAACACACAAAGAGAUGACAGCUAUAGUGCUUGAUACUGAAAACUACAGGAGAAGGGCCCCUGAUUUGGAUAUGGGGGAGCUUGGGAGAGGCUUCCCAGCAAGAAGUCCUGUGAGCCAUGUCUUGAAGGGCGAAAGCAAUGUGCUGGAUGAAGAUGUACUGGAAGGGCUUGCCAGGCAGAAGGAAAAGUGUGAGCAAAGGCAUGGAGGUAUGAAAUAGCAUGGCUUGUUGGAGGAACCAUAAGAAGCUGGUGGUAUUGGGGCUUAAAGAAGGAAGUGGUGAGGAAUGAAUGUGGAAAGGAGGUCAGGGGCAGAGCGACAGCACACCUGAUGUGGAGCUGGUAUGGCCAAAGGCCACCAUUACCUUAUUGGGUUUCAUGAGCAUGUCCUUGUUCACUUUCCUUGUCUUCUCUGGGCUAAGAAACUCCACCACAUCCCCUUGACCUUCAUCUUUACAGACUUAAGAGGCAUAAUUUAUUUGAAGGAAGAGCCUAUCCUUCAAGGUGUGGAUUUGGACAUGCAGGAAAAAGUCAACCCUGAUUUGCAGGUGUAAACACUCCCAUCAUCACUAAUUUCAAGCUAUCUGUGUGACAUCAUUGGUUGUGGAGUUGGGAAGAGAUAUGCACCUUUGGCUUUUAGGAGCCAGUACCAGCCAGCUCCAGCACACCAGCUUCUGGGCAGCGUGUGUGGCCUGGUGAGAUAGCCCACUACUACUGACUUUCAUGAUGUAGGGGCCCUUAUCACUCCCAUUUUAUAGAGUAGGAAGCUGAGGAUCAGAAGGUAGUUAUCCUGCCUGUGGUUACACAGCCAUUGCAUGGCAGAGAGGGGCUCCAGCCUGGGCAGUCUGACUCUAGAGCUCGAGCUCUAACCAUGAUAUCAUUCACUUCGCAUUCCCAUAGGGUGGCUGUAUUGAAGGGCGUGAGCUGCAUCGGUGGCAUUAGCUGUCAAGCUCCAGCCCAUUUCCAGAUGAAUCUCUAGCUUUGGCUCUGGUAUAGUUUAGUCCCCCACCCCCGCCAGGUGUUUCUUAUCCCCCUCCAUGAUAGCAGGACAUAUUCUAACAGUCCCUAUGGGAUCCAGCUGGUACAGCCGGGAUGGCCCAGAAAGGUCAACUGAGGCAGAAGACAGGUCAUAGCGGUGGAGUGAGCACAGAAAUGCCCAGACCUGGAGUCUGCCCCUAAAAAUUGAUUUUUCACAGCCCAGAUGCUGUAUCCAGCCCUGAGAAGCAAUACUAACAGCAUAUUUCUGCUACUAAUGACAUAGUAAUGAUAAUUUAUUAGGAAAUCAUUAAGCCUAAGUAUAUGAUCUGGAGCCUUGAACCAAACAGGUGGCUCUGUUUGGGGAUGGAUGGAGGGAAACCAAGAAGACAGAAGGGAAGGGGAGAGCAGUCAGGGCAUGCCGGAAGGGGUGAGGUGGAGGGUACCGGAGGGCCGGCAUGGUUGUGAGAAAACACAUGAGACCCCAGCUUGUGUCUGAGCCCCGGCGCUAUGACUUGUAGUGGCAGGGGGUGUGACCAUGUCAUUGAUAAUAAUAACAGUAAUCAAGAUUAUCAGGUGUAGUUGCAAUUAUUCAGGUUUCUGGGGUUGUGACUUACAAGUACUAUUUAGCUCUCAAUCAUUUGGACUGAGAGGGGAUUGGAGAGGUGAGAACUGGCAUACGGCAGAUACUCUGGGCUCUUUUGAUGGGAGCCCUGCUCCUUCCUGACCUGGCCACUUGCUGCUCACCAUUCAGAACUGCUUUAGAACCUCACUGUGUGUGGGCGUGUGUGUGUGUGUGUGUGUGUACGUGUUUGUGGGCCAGUGAGUGCACACCUAUGUAUAUAGGUGCACCUGCAUACGUGUAUCUGUGUGUGUGUGUGCAUGCAUGGCUCUCCUCCUCUUCCCCCUUCCUACCAGAGAAGCAGCUGGACAGAGGCCAAGGGGUGAUGGGGGAAGCAAGAGCCAGGCAGGAAGAUGCCUCCCUCCUAAAACCCCAGGUGUGCUUGGGGAAUCCCAUAAUGGCCCCUUCUUCACUGAUCCCUAAGUCAGCUGCCGUUAGAAGUGGAAAUGAAUUCAGCUGGGUCCCAUCUUUUUGGAACUCCCUUUGCACACAGUGGGAGCUUAAUAAAUACUUGAUGAUGGUUCUGAACCUGGGAAGCCAGCAGCUGUUCCCAGCUCUGACUCUCAGAGCUCCAUGGGACAGAUCAGGUGGGGAGCGACCACGGGGGUUUUCAGUCUUCCUUCCAGACCUUCCCAUGACUCCAAGUCCAGCUGGAGCCAUAGUCCAUUUCACACAUCCUGCUUUGGGGAGGCCAGUUCUUCCUCCACAGCUUCUCUCUGGCUCUUUCCACCCCUCAUUUGAGCAAUAUUUAUGGAGCAACCACUGUGCACUGAGCAUCACAGUGGAAAGGCAUCCUGGGAGAUGGUAUAGGAGCUGUGGGGUCAGACCGAGCUGAGUUCGAAUUCUAGCAUCCUUAAUUACAAACCGGGUAACAUCUGGCAAGCUACUUAUCUGUGCUUGAGUGAUUUUUUAAAAAACGGGUUUCAUCUGUAAAAGCAGAAGGAUAACAUCAUUUUCAUAGGAUUGAUGUGAGGAUUAGAAAUAACAGAUGCUCCUGCACACAUAUUGCAGGCAGUUCAGUAUUUACCUGGGGUCAGGAGGAUGUGGGUUCCCUCUGCUUCUAUGACCUUGAAGUUGUUAGUAAUCUCUGAGCAUCAAUUUGUGAAAUGGGAACGCGAUGCCCACCUCCUUGCGUGUUUGGAGGAUGUAGCUGGAUAAUAUGUGUGAAACAACCUAUCGCAAACCCUGACCAUUAAUAACUGUCUUCCUGCUUCUUGCCCCCGCAUCAGGAUGCACAGCUCCCCUCCUUAGGAGGACCUCUGCUCCUCCUCGCCACCGCCCCGCGUGCGCUUACAUCUCGUAUCGCCGUGCGCUGACGGCUUUCUGCCAUACCUGUCAGAGGAAAGAGGGCAGCUGCUCAGCUCCCGGGUGGGGAGCGGAAACUACAUUUCCCAGCCUUCGCUGCGCUGCCACUGGGGCUGGGAGCGGAGCGCGGCAGGCCCCUCCUUCGGGGAGGAGCCUAUGCGGGGGGCGGAGUUAGGAGGUGGUUGGAGAGUUAAGACAAGCCAAUGAGACCGGCUGCUAAUAAGUGGGCUUGGCUUACCCUAUAACAGUGGCAGGAGGAGGAGAGCAAAGCUAUUGAGCCAGCGAGGAGUGAAGCUGAACCUGGCCUCACACGCUCCUAGAGGACCACCUCCUGAGACAGAGUUCUUUUUCCCCCUUCUUCUUCUUUCUCCAAGCUCCCCUCCUGCCCUCCCUCCCUGCCCAGUACAAUGCAUUCUUGAGUGGCAGCGUCUGGACUCCAGGCAGCCCCAGAGAACCGGAGCAAGCCAAAGAGAGAGGACUGGAGCCAAGACACGCUGGUGGGGGAGCUUGGAUGCCUGGCUUCCUUUGAGGACAUCUUUGGAACGAGGGUGGCUUUGGGGUGGGGAGUUGUGCUGCAGGGAAUCCAGCCAGGCCCCAAGAUGGACACUUCUGGGCACUUCCAUGACUCCGGGGUGGGGGACCUGGAUGAAGACCCCAAGUGCCCCUGUCCAUCCUCCGGGGAUGAGCAGCAGCAGCAGCCGCCUCCACCGCCGCCGCCACCAGCACCAGCACCACCAGCAGCCCCCCAGCAGCCCCCAGGACCCCCGUUGCAGCCUCAGCCUCCGCAGCUUCAGCAGCAGCAGCAGCCGCAUCCCCUGUCUCAGCUCGCCCAACUCCAGAGCCAGCCCAUCCACCCCGGCCUGCUACACUCCUCUCCCACUGCUUUCAGGGGCCCCCCUUCAUCCAACUCCACCGCCAUCCUCCACCCUUCCUCCAGGCAAGGCAGCCAGCUCAAUCUCAAUGACCACUUGCUUGGCCACUCUCCAACUUCCACAGCCACAAGUGGGCCUGGUGGAGGAGGCCGGCACCGGCAGGCCAGCCCCCUGGUGCACCGGCGGGACAGCAAUCCCUUCACAGAGAUAGCCAUGAGCUCCUGCAAGUACAGCGGUGGGGUCAUGAAGCCCCUCAGCCGGCUCAGCGCCUCCCGGAGGAACCUCAUCGAGGCUGAGCCCGAGGGCCAGCCCCUCCAGCUCUUCAGCCCCAGCAACCCCCCGGAGAUCGUCAUCUCCUCCCGGGAGGACAACCAUGCCCACCAGACCCUGCUCCAUCACCCCAAUGCUGCCCACAACCACCAGCACGCCGGCGCCACCGCCAGCAGCACCACCUUCCCCAAAGCCAACAAGCGGAAAAACCAAAACAUUGGCUAUAAGCUGGGACACAGGAGGGCCCUGUUUGAAAAGAGGAAGCGACUGAGUGACUAUGCUCUGAUUUUUGGGAUGUUUGGAAUUGUUGUUAUGGUGAUAGAGACCGAGCUCUCUUGGGGUUUGUACUCAAAGGAUUCCAUGUUUUCAUUGGCCCUGAAAUGCCUUAUCAGUCUGUCCACCAUCAUCCUUUUGGGUUUGAUCAUCGCCUAUCACACACGUGAAGUCCAGCUCUUCGUGAUCGACAAUGGUGCGGACGACUGGCGGAUAGCCAUGACCUACGAGCGCAUCCUCUACAUCAGCUUGGAGAUGCUGGUGUGCGCCAUCCACCCCAUUCCUGGCGAGUACAAGUUCUUCUGGACGGCGCGCCUGGCCUUCUCCUACACACCCUCGCGGGCGGAGGCCGACGUGGACAUCAUCCUGUCCAUCCCGAUGUUCCUGCGCCUGUACCUGAUCGCCCGCGUCAUGCUACUGCACAGCAAGCUCUUCACGGACGCCUCGUCCCGCAGCAUCGGGGCCCUCAACAAGAUCAACUUCAACACGCGCUUCGUCAUGAAGACCCUCAUGACCAUCUGCCCCGGCACCGUGCUCCUCGUGUUCAGCAUCUCACUGUGGAUCAUCGCUGCCUGGACCGUCCGCGUCUGCGAAAGGUACCAUGACCAGCAGGACGUAACUAGUAACUUUCUGGGUGCCAUGUGGCUCAUCUCUAUCACAUUCCUUUCCAUUGGUUAUGGGGAUAUGGUGCCCCACACAUACUGUGGGAAAGGUGUCUGUCUUCUCACGGGCAUCAUGGGUGCGGGCUGUACUGCCCUGGUGGUGGCCGUGGUGGCCCGAAAGCUGGAACUCACCAAAGCAGAGAAGCACGUUCACAACUUCAUGAUGGACACUCAGCUCACCAAACGGAUCAAGAAUGCUGCGGCCAAUGUCCUUCGGGAAACGUGGCUAAUCUAUAAACACACAAAGCUGCUAAAGAAGAUUGACCACGCCAAAGUCAGGAAACACCAGAGGAAAUUCCUCCAAGCAAUCCACCAACUGAGGAGCGUCAAGAUGGAGCAGAGGAAGCUGAGUGACCAAGCCAACACCCUGGUGGACCUUUCCAAGAUGCAGAACGUCAUGUAUGACUUAAUCACAGAACUCAAUGAUCGGAGCGAAGAUCUGGAGAAACAAAUCGGCAGUCUGGAGUCGAAGCUGGAGCACCUCACCGCCAGCGUCAAUUCCCUGCCCCUGCUCAUCGCGGACACCCUGCGCCAGCAGCAGCGGCAGUUCCUGUCUGCCCUCACGGAGGCCCGGGGCGUCAGCGUGGCAGUGGGCACCACCCACACCCCACUCUCCGACAGCCCAAUCGGGGUGCCUCUACUCGGGAGCAGCAAGAGGAGAUGACAGGAAGCGACGCCUCUGGUAGGGCCCUUGCGGCACAGUUGGUGGAGAACAGACACCCACGUUCACUCUCAGGUCUUCACGUGGUGGGGGGUGGGAGCUCAGAUGCACUGAAGUAGCCGGCAGUGAAGCCAGCCCGGAGGAGGGUCCCGCGGGGGGAGGGCAUGGUGUCAGGCUUGGGGGAUGGGUUCCUCACCCCGGGGUCCUCCAGCCCACCUGUCUGCGUUCCUUCUGUCUAAGGAAGCCCCUGGAUGACAAAGUAAGGGAGAGCUGCCCACAGCUUUUGCCAAGACAGACAUGCUUUCCUGCCAUCCCUCGCACAGUCAUAAAACAAAAUUUAGACUGAAAGAAAAAUAGACAAAUAAAAAGCCAGACUUUCCAUCCAAUAUUAAUACCCACGUAAACCUGUGUAUUUGCAAGCGUGUGCAUGUACACACACACAUACAUAUCCCACAGUCAACCCAGGUCUUUUCUGGUUUGCACCUGGCCCAAAUAAAGAGGGACCUGGUACCUUACCCUGCACGCAGUAGGCACUCUCUAAAUGCACAUUGAGUUGGUCUGAAUCGGGAUGUGGGUGCUGUCAGUUCAGGUAGUUUGCCAGUGUCGGCCACGUCCUGAGCUUCACUGAAGAUGCAGGUUGCUUCAAACACAAAACAGGGUGCUUUGCCCUGGGUAUGCACCAUGCUUGCUCUGAGAUGAAUGACAAGCCAAAAUUGGCAUUCUGGAGAGAUAAGCAGCCUUCUAAAAAUAACAGCUUCUGCAGAGUUUUCAUCUUAUAUCCAAACAAGCUGUGUUCCACUGGAGCGCAUGAUCAGGUGUAUGUGUGUGAGGAAAGGGGGGCAGGACCUGUCCAUGCAAGCACACACAUGCGCCAACAGGUGCGACCCCAGGACACCUGCAUGAAUAGAAGUAUUGUCAGGGGGGUUUGCUCAGUGCUAUUUAUCCAGCAACGGGUUUACAGCCCCAGAUGUUAGGAGCGCAAAGGGGUCAAGUGCCUCACCUGAGAGCUGGGAGAAGUGAUGGUGAGUGGCCCAGCUGGUCCUUUCUACCUGACCUAAAACCACCUCAAAGUGUAAGGUUAUGAGGAUAAAGGGAGAUUCUAGGGAACCCUGUGGGUAAGAUAAGGUGACAGGGAUUUGUCAGUAUCCUGUUCCUGCUGUGCCACGUUAAUCUUGGUGCAGAAACUAUUGUAAUACAUCUCAAACUCCAAGGGACUCCAGAAACAUCCAGAGCCAGUGUACGACAGGCAUUGUGAGGAGAGGGCGUGGGGAUGCGUGAUAUUUUCCGCACUCCAUCACCUAACCAUGCAUAAUGUUUGUGAUGUGAAAACCAUCAUACUAAUCAUCACAUUUCUCAUUCUGAGGUCUUUGACGUCUGCUUGUGGGGACUUAAAUCAUACUGUAGGGAAUAUUUCAUCUGUUUAGGGUAAAACAGAAGGGUGUCAUUUGUGGAUGGCUGUCCUGUGGGGUUUCACUUUGUACAGGACAUCGCCACUUUUCCAAAGGCAGAGUCUAACUGUGAAGACUUUUCCUCUACAGCACUGGGCCUGGUCUUCUAAGGGCAAGGGAAUCAUCAGACAGCAAAAGGUAGACCACCCUAGAAAGGCCACUCUUUCAAGAAGAGCUGGUCUCUUGUUCAACCUCUUCUUAUAUCUCUUUUCAUUGCUGUGCUCUUCCCUUGAUGCCCUCAUUUUUAUCUUGAUAACUCCUUUGAGCAUUUUCCUUGGUUGCUUUGCACACCAUAGAUGCCACACUUGCUGCUGGCUUUAACAUUUUUUUGCUUGUCCUUUUAACUAUUGAUUAUCUGAAAGAUCCCUCUCCUUUUUUAUGUCCCAGCAAUGGUGCUCCUGUUUUCAGUGACAGCUGAACAUAUAAACAGACCAAUAAGCAGAUGAAAUAACCAUGCGGUUUCUUUGUGGCGUUAGUUCAUUUCACAAAGAAAUGAAGUGAAGAGCGCUGACAGGUCAACCUGAACAUGCCAAUCCCAAUCAUCUAACCUACAGCCCUCAAUUCUUAAUUCCUGGUCACCCUUCCCAUUCCCCCGUAACCCUGUGAUGUGUGUGUGUGUGUGCACGUGCACACAAAUAGGGAUUUAAUCUGAAUUUCAAACAAAUGGCAUGCAAGAUUCCACUGCUACUCCUCCUGCCAAAAAGUGUGUGUAGACUGUCAUUGACCCGUCACUGUCUGUGGGUGACUCUUCUUUAACCCACCAUUAAUGCUAUUCACUUAGGUAAAUCCUGAUGACCUAUAACCUAGCAACACUAGCAAAGAGAGUGGUUGGAGAUAUUUCCAGGAGCAGUAGCCACUGGCAUCCUAGAAACAUAUGGGCAUUUGUAGCAUGACUGGACCUAUUGGUAGUGCAAUAGCUACGUAUGGUUUUUAUCCUUGGCGAAAGAGUACUUACUCUUCGGGAAAAAAAAAAGUGAUCAAAUCUGCAUGUUGAUCCUGCAAUGGUAAAUGGGAGGCUGCUUCUCUCUGCUGGUUUUUCAGCUUUAUGUGGGGAAGUUGCCCGUUCUUCUGCAAGUACAAUCAACCCUUGAUGACUUAGGUAUUGAUUAGGGUGUAGCUCACCCAGGUUUUCUUCCUACAGCCCAUCUUUUGGUUAAUUCCACUGAGCCUCAGCAUCUUAGUCAGAUGGGGAAAGGGGGCAGGUGGAUUCUUGUGCCAUGACUUCUUGUUCUGUAAUUUCAAGUUUGGUGGUGGAGGAGGUUUAAUUAUCUACUCAAGAAUUGGCUAUAUGGAAAAACUAUUAAUUACAGUAACCUCACUCCAGUACUGAACUGAUUGAGUUCUGCCCACUCCUGGAAGGAUGACCCAGUGGCAGAGCCCCUACUAUAAUCCUUCUGAUAACUCAGUGUCAGGUAAAAGUACUCUAAUAUUCCCUAAAAUAUCUAGACACUUGAAUUAAAAAUACAGAGCCACCCCCUCAUCGCUUAAGCCAUAUUAUAGCUUCAUGUACUGUAAAGUCAGGGAUGUACUGUGAUACUUUAAGACCACUAAUCUCAGUGGAAUUUCAGGACAUAGCAUCAGUUGGUAAAUUAUAGCAGACUAGGGAGUCACUCCUCCUUAGAUUGAAGUCCAAAUAAAAAUCUGCAUCUUUGGAUCAAAGACCACAUAUGUGUGAUCACCAUCAAUAAAUUUAUCAUGAAGUGUCUAUGAACUGCUCUUGCCAUCUUCAUAAUAUGUAACUUCAUGACAUCAUAUCUCUAGAAAUGCUUAAUGCAAUGCAAAAGAAUAAGAGUGGUAAGGCCCUGCAUCACCACUAACCUCUGACCUCAGCAAGUACCAGUGGUGUAACAACAAUCUCAUAACUGAAGAGGUAUAGAAAAAUGUGUGUGCAAGUAAUUUCCAAAGUGCUGAGCAAGUGCAAACUGUUGUUAUUUAUUAAAGGCCAAGAAGAAACAGCAUUGAAGAAACAAUGAUUUUAAUAUAUAAUAUUUGAGGCUUUCCCCCUUAGAUUUUUGAUAAUUUCUUGUGAAUAAGUAAUGAUGGAAGAGAAGAAAACUAGAGAUGCAGAAUCAGAAUAAAUAAAACUCUAACACUGGAUCCACAUCUUUGGCCAAUGAAUAUAACCACCUCAUACCUCAAUUUCUCUAUGCUUAAAAUGAAGGUAACAGUUAAUAUUCCUAAGUACAAAGUAUUCAAUAGAUUUUAAAAUGAAAUCACUAUUGCCAACAACAGCAGCCCAAACUGACUCUGGCAAGUCCACACUUUGAUGUUGCCUCUGAAUGUAGUCAAUAGUUACCAAAAAGUAAUUCUUACAUAUCAACCUAUGUGAAAUUAGCAGGGAGAAGUAUGGGAUUAGCACAUAGUCCCAGGACCUCUCUCCUUCAGAGCAUACCUCAACAAACAGUGCACCCCAAAUUAAGAACCAGUGUUUCAUCCCAGAACCCAUGGUGUUGCUACCAUCACAGUACCGCAACUGAGACACUAUGAAGUCAUUGCACUACCAGUAGGUUACUGCUCUUUUAAAGUUACUGCUUUUAAAUUCUAAAGUACGUCCCAGUUCUACACAAUCAUCCUACUUCCCUGGAUGUUGCUUAGAAGCAGAUGAAGGCUCCAUCAGUGGCCAUUUGGCUGCCCCUAUUGACUCUGCGGCAUUCGGUUUCAGUACCUUAGACAGCUAUCUGGUGGCUUCCUGGUAGGCGGGAACAGCCCCUUCCCUUCCCUGCAGCCAGUCAGCUUAAUGACGCCCUGGACAGUAUCCCUUCCUUCUCUACUGCCGCCAAAGUAAACACUGUGGGAACGGGAUCAUUGAUACCACUAAGAAAGGAAUGUUACAGGGAUAGCAAUAUUAACUGUCUGCCUCUGGCAGUAGAAUAUAGGUGAGCGCUCUUCAUCCUGAAAGCUUGUGCCAGGCUAUGUGAAUAGUAAACAGUAAACUCCUGUCAGACAAGUAAUAUGUAGAUUUUUACUAAAAUAGACCGAAGCUUAUUAAAAGUACUCAGUGCAAUGGUAUAUAAAUACAUACAGAUAGAGAAAAAAAAUAACUGUGAUCUUUUUUUCUUACACCAUUACUGGAAAUGCCCAAACAUGAACUGGAGUUCCCUCUGAACAAAACCAUUAUCAAAUCAUCAACGUAUGACCUCCAAAUCUAGGUGCCAAGUGCCCUGCCACAGUUGUUUACACACCUGAGAAACGUGUUCUGGAAGCUGUACUCUUGGGCCUGGACCAUGUGUUGAAACAAACAAAAGAGACGUUGUGACCAACCAAGCUGAUGGAGGAAAAGCACAAAAUUCAACACCAACCUAUAGUUCGGAUCCCAAAGAGAUGCUGAAUUUAUAGCCAAAAAAAAAAAAUUAUAUAUAUAUAUAUAUAUAUAUAUAUAUAUAUAUAUAUAUAUAUAGACAAAGCAAAUAUCAAUCUGAUCAGAACGGCCAACAUCCAAGUUCACAGAAGAAGGACAGGGAAUAAACAACAUUCUCUAGCUGUGUCAUAUAGUCUCAGUCUUUGAAUCUCAACCAGGACUGAUCCACCUUCAUCAGACACACUUUUUAAUGGCGCAACAACUCAAUGCUGGUCCCAGACUCUCCAUUCUGCACUGACCAGAAGAGAACAACAAAAGAGAGCAACAGAUGUUAAUGGAGGAAACAUUUUCAUGGUGAACUCAGAAACUGAUGUGUUUAUAUUCAGAAUCAGAUGAGCUUCAAUAUGAAUUUGCAUCUUGCCUCUGUACUGCUUGCUAUUUUUUAAUGAUAGGAGAAAGUAUAACAGUUUAUUUUAAAUAUGAAAUAUAUUGCUAUAUUAUAAAAUAUAUUGUAACUUUCAA